AUGGAUGAAUUUGAGACAGCGGCGAAACCUUUGUGUGACAAAAUUGGAAAUAGUACUGCAAAUGUGACAUAUUAUGGUGCAUGGGUUAAAACAAAAGCGAACACUUACAAAGAUAUUUUUAUGGGCUGUUGUAAAUCAUGCCAGAUGUUAAGUACAAUCCAAUGGCUUAUCACAUUAAAAACUCAAAUUGUCACUUUGUCAAAAUUUGGUCUUCGACGGGAAGAUGCAUUGGUUUUUCGAAAAGAAGAAACUUUUUUCAUUGAUACAUACUACAUAACAGCUAAACAAAAUCUUGAUAAAAUUCCGGCAUGUGCAUUGUCAACGUAUGAUCUCAUUCCUGUACUACUUGGAAAUCACGUUGGAUUUGCGGCUGGAUUCGAUCGAUUAAACUGGGAAAGUUUACUUUUACGUGCACUUGCACCACGACGUCAAAAACACGUUGGUUAUAUAGGGCGAUACACGUCCGCUAUUGCAAACAAUGAAUGUCUUGUAUAUGUGUUGUUGACAAAACAUUACGGAUACGAAUGUUGUUGUUAUGGUGAUAGAAUUGCCUAUUGCCAAGAACGAGUAAAGAAUGCCAUAAAAACUGGUGCAAAUGAUGGCGUAUUGCGUGGAAAAAAAACUUGUAUUAUUGAUAAGGAUAGUUUAGGUUAUAGAUCAGCGGUUAACUUUAGGACUGAUGGGAUUGAAUUCAGAGGCGAUGUGCACAAUUUAAUGAAUCAUAUGGAACGAACUGUAAUAAAUUAA